AUGAAAAAUUGUCUUUUUUUCAUUUAUAAGUAUAAAGAAAAUGGUGUUUCAUUCAUUAAAUCAUUUUUGAAUUCUUCCAAAUUUUUUGGUGUAAUAUUUUGUAGAAAUAUUCACAUUCAAUUAAGCUUAAGAAAAAAAAAAAAAAAAAAUGUAGAAAGCAAAAAUGGUUAUAAUAGUUAUACUACAACAUGUAUAGAUUAUGUUGAAAAUAAAGGAAGAUCUGAUAUAAUUUUAAAGGCCAAGAAUAAUUAUUUGACACAUGGAUAUAUAAAUAAUGAUUUAUAUAAAAAUGAUGUAGAUAAAAAAAAAAUAAUAAUAAAUAAAAAAAAAAGUAAUAAUAAUAAUAAUAAUAAUAAAAUAAAUUCUUUUCUGAUUCAAUCAUUAAAAAAUUAUAAUUUGUUUAAUAUAUAUUUGGAUAAAAUAAGAAAAUAUAAUUGUCAUAAUAAUAAUCACAUAAAAAAAAAAAUAAUUAAUAUUAAUAGUAUAAAAUAUUUUGAUUAUUAUAUUUAUUUAUACAAUAUAGACGCCUUACUCAUAUAUACAACACAUAAAUUUCAUUUGUUUUUAAAAGAAAAAAAUAAAAAAGGAUAUUAUUCUUUAUCAAAUACAUAUAAUAUUUAUAUAGAAAACUUUUUAAAUAUUUUUAUACAAUUUAAUUUUAUUUUAAAUGAUUUUUUUUUAUUUAAAGGAGAAGAAUGUUUUAGGCAAUAUUUUAAUAAUAUAUUGGAUAUAUAUAUAAAGUAUAAUCCACAUAUUUUACUGAUAAGACAAAACAUUAAAAAAUAUCAGGAUAAAGUAAUAUGCUCCAAUACAUAUUAUAAUGAAGAUUUCUUCAUAAAGGUUUUAAAAAUAAUUAAAAUAUUCAAUCAGUUUAAAUUCUUUAGUAAAUUGAAAAAUAUUGACAUUAAUGAUUAUUUACAAAAAUAUUCAAAAAAAACAAAUUGUACAAAUAUAUUCUAUCCUAUCAAAAAUAAUAAACAUAACAAUAAUAAAAAUGUAGUAAUAAAUAAGAGAGAUGAAAAUGAUGUAUUCUAUGAAUGUAUGCGUUUUACUGAUGAAACGGAUUGUAUAAGUAAGGAAAAUUAUAAUUUUUUAAAAAGUUUAAGAAUUUUUGAUGAGGGUCUUAUGAAUGAAAUUGGAUUAGAAGAAUACUUCAAAAAUAAAAGUCAAGAAGAACACAAAAAGAGGUUAAUAAAAAAAAAUAAUAUUAAUAAUGAUGAUAAUAAUGAUGAUAAUAAUGAUAAUAAUAAUGAUAAUAAUAAUGAUAAUAAUAAUGAUGAUAAUAAUGAUGAUAAUAAUGAUAAUAAUAAUGAUGAUAAUAAUGAUGAUAAUAAUGAUAAUAAUAAUGAUGAUAAUAAUAAUGAUAAUAAUAAUAAUAAUGAUAAUAAUAAUAAUAAUCAUAAUAAUAUUAUUCAUUUAGAUGAUAUAUCAAGAAAACAAAUAAUUGAAAAUUCACAUAUGUUUAAUAAUAAAAAUCAAUUAUUCACAAAUCAGAAUAAUAAUGAUAAUAUUAUUCUUCAUUUAAAAUUUAUGAAAUCAUUCAGCUAUAUCUUAAAAUGUUUAAUAAAAUAUUUAAAUGAAGAUGGUAUAUCCAAAUUAUUUAUGUAUUGCACCGUUUUAUUCGAUAAAAAUAUGGAUAAAGAUAUUAUUUGUUUUUAUCAACAUAUGUACGAGCAUGUGAAGAAAAUGAACAAGAUUAGUAAUAAGAAUAUUGCUUAUAUAUUAAAUGGUUGUAAUUUUUAUUUACCUUCUGAAAAUAUAAAUUUAAUAAAACAUAUAUCAAAUGAUAUAUUAAAAAAUAAUAGAGUUAUUUAUUAUAAAGAGAACAAAAAAACAUUUAAGAAUAUAAAUAAUAUUGUACCAUCACACUUAGAAAAUAUAAUAUAUACAUUUUCAAAAAAUCGUUAUAAGGAUAAAAGAAUGUUUUUGUUAUUUACUCAAAUUAUAAAAGAAAAAUGUGAAGGUUUUUCUUGUAUCACUGCCAUAAAUAUAUUAUAUAGCUUUGCUAAUUUAAAUUAUGAACAACUUGUAUUUAAUAUACUUUAUGAAAAAAUGAAAACAUUUGAUUUUAUAUCAUUUAUGAUGUGUAAAGGAUUAAAUAUAAUUAAAUUAAUAAACACCUUAUUAUUAAUAGAAUUUAGAAAUUUGCAUAAAAAUGGGAUACAAAAUUUUGACCCUUUUAUAUUAACACAGACUCAAAUUAAGAGAAUAUGUGAUGAAAAAAGUAUAUUAAAUGAUUACAAUAAUAGUCCUACCUUUAAAAAGGAUAAUAUACAAAUAAUAAAAAAAAAAAAAGAAGAUAUAAUACCAACAAACAAAAUAUAUCUAAAAACUGAUAAAAUGAUGUAUAAAACAUUGCUCGUUUCAUUAUUAUAUGAAAAAAAAUGUUUUAAAAAUUUAGAUAAUAAUAUAUAUGAAAACAAAAUUGUAGAUAUAUAUAAAAAAUUAAUAAGAUUAAACGUAAUUUGUGUAAAGGACAAAAGGGAUUUAUUUAUUUUAAAGAAUAUCAUAAAAAAGAAUUAUCAAAAGUUAAAUAUCGAAGAAUUUGAUAAAUAUUUUGUUUUUUCAUUUAUUAAUGCAAAUAUGAAAAAAAUAAACGUUCAUAAAUUAAUCUAUACAUUGCAACAAUAUAAUAAAUUAAUCAAUGAAAUGAAUAUAAUAAAUGAAAGUACAAAAAAAAAAAAAAAAAAAAAAUUCAUAUAA